CCGGAGCCCAACUUUGAAAACAGUUGUCGGUGGCGUAUAAAGUAUAAACAGCAAUGCGAAGCCCCAAGAGUUGGUGAGCGUGGAACGGUGGAAGGAAACGUAGGGUAGGUCACCGGAACGAAGGAGUAUGUCAGGCGUGGCGAAUCCGUCUUCUCAGGACGAAGAUAAGAAGCCCAACGACCAAUCGGGUCACAUCAAUCUCAAGGUCAAGGGUCAGGAUGGGAAUGAAGUUUUCUUCAGGAUCAAAAGAAGCACACAGCUGAAGAAGCUCAUGAAUGCUUAUUGUGACCGACAAUCUGUAGACCUCAACUCGAUUGCAUUCUUGUUUGAUGGUCGUCGUCUCCGGGGAGAACAAACCCCUGAUGAGCUAGAAAUGGAGGAUGGCGACGAGAUAGAUGCAAUGUUGCACCAAACUGGCGGUGCUUGUGUUUAAGUAACGAGCUAGUAGUCCUACGCUUGAAGCAAGGUUUUUAAACUAUGUGAAAGUGUUUGUUGGAUGUUUGGAUCUUGGAGUUUGUCUGCUGGUCUUGUUUUAUAAAUAUGUUUAGAUUUCUCUUCUACAAUCUGCAGCUAACAUCUUAUUAGAUUUUUGAGUUUUGGAUGGGAAGCUCAAUUUCACAGCCGCUCUUUUAGAAGAAAAAAAUAAUUUAAAUACAAUAUUAUUAUUAUUGUUAUUA